AUGAUUGUUUGGGUACAGCUCCCAGCGUUCCCAAUCCAUUUUUACCACAGAGAGGUGCUGUUCUCGAUCGGGAAUCUGAUCGGGCGGACUAUAAAACUAGACUAUCAUACGCAGCACCAACAGAGAGCAAGAUUUGCCCGAAUUGCUGUGGAAGUGGACCUCUCCAAACCAUUGGCGACGCGUAUCCGACUCGAUGGGAAAUGGCAGUAUUUGGAGUAUGAAAACCUACCGAUCCUCUGUUUCGAAUGCGGGAGGGUAGGGCACACUAAAGAAGUUUGUCCAUCAUCAGUCCAAUCGGCGCCGGCUCUGUGUCUUGAGGCACCUGGUAACUCGCCGGCGGUGAUGUCAGCGGCGACUCAAGCAUCGGAAGAGGAAAAGGAAGGUUUUGGUCCAUGGAUGCAGGUGACGAGGAAAUCACGGCGGGGGAGUAGGGAUUCAACAAAAGGAAACUCGAUCAACAGAAAAGGGGAAGGAGAUAUUCAGGGGAAAGGUGGAAAAGGAAAGGCUGGUAUCAAGGACACCCCCGUAGCAGAAUCUCGUCCGCCGAGAACCACGUCAUCUGGAAAUCUUGAGCUAUCGGCGGGAGGAAAAGCAGGGAUGGAUCGCAGCACCAACCCUAAGCAUAAAGGAAAGGCGGUUGUUGAAAGCCUUCUGGGCGGAGAAAGAGGUAAGGGGGUGCUGGGCCCGGUUCCAAAGCCUGUAGGGCCCAGCCCAGGGAAACCCGCUGGAGGGAUCUCUAUGUCGCGGGCCCAAGGCAAAGGCCCCUCUUCUUCAGGGACGAAACAAGACCCUCCCCCGGCCCUCUUUUUAAUCUCCCCCAACCUGAUCCGAGCGAAGACCCCCCCGACCGACAAAAACUCUCUCUCGGCUGCAGCGCGGACCAAAAACCAGAAGAAGCAUCUUAAAAAACAUAGCUCCCCAGCCAAAACCCCCCGCCCUGUUACCUCUAAAGCCCUCCAGAUUUGGACUCCGAUUAAGGGAAAGAAGAACAAGGCUCGCACCAAAAUUGCGACCCUUACCCUCCAAGACAUUGAAGCCUGGACGGAAGCUGCGGGGCGAAAACAAGGGGAGGAAAUGGUCGGGAUAGCGGACUGUGACGCCGCCGGCGAUAGCCUGGGGAACGCGGCGGCCUCCACCAGCGAAUGA